AUGAAAGCUCUUCGAGGCGACAGUUUGCGAAAGUUACCAGUCAGGUAUUCAGACCUGGCGUACGGUGGACGGCCUACUGUGAACGUUCUUCCCCGUUUCCGAAAAGCUACAGCUAUAACACUUAAGCGAAGCCUUGGUGACGGUGGUGUUGACAUAAUUGGGAAUCUUGCAAGAUUCCCGUUUGUGGUCCAAUGCAAGGACCGAAGAAGAAAACUCGUCGUUCGUGAACUGGAAGGGACACUAUCCAGAUACCACAAAGAUACAAUUGGUAUUAUUGUAAUCCCAUCCGACGAUAAAUUUACAACACAAGCGAGAAGAGCGGCAAGAACUUCCGAGUUUAAUAUAAUCCUCACAGACAAAGAAAAGAUUUGCUCGGAUCUCAUAAAUUUUGUCGAACAUUGA